GUCGGGUUCGUGCGAGAAGUGCUCGUAAUACAGGGAGAGAGAGACAGAGAAAGAGAGCGCUAUUUGAUGAGAUCGGCAGUGCGAACAGAGCAGCUAGCGCGUUGCUAGGGAAGCCAAUCGUCCUGCCACAUCUUCCUGCCAGCAGAGCAUUUCUAACGCUUGCGGUGACGGUUGCGCAAGGAUAAAACGCAGCCCGGAAAAAAAACGCAUAGUGGUGGUGGUGGCGGAAAGGCGUGAUACAAAUUUUGGGUGCAAAGAAAAGUGUCCUAAUCGGUCGUAAGAGUGAUAAUUACUGUUUAUUGCUUGCUGUACAAUUUUGAUCGAAUUCUACAAGUGCGGCGCUUUCGCGUACAAAGCCUCACAGGGGACCAAGGUGAAGUGUGCUGGAGCUUUAAAAAAAAAAAAACAGCAAAUUGUUCAAUUGUGAGCAAGCGACGACGGCAAGUGUCCCAGAUUAUCACCCACCCACCCACCAGCACUGUGUUUCUAGCCGUCCAGCUUUCUGCCCCGGUGCGCAUCCGGGCUACACAGGCUCAAGUGGUUGUUGUGGCGCGUGCAUAGCUGUCGGACGUUUCGCGCGCUCGUCCUCCAUCACCGGCGCGAGCUCGUGACAGCUCCCGAGGGUACCGAAUAUCCCCAUCAUCAUCGUUACCUGCUGCUGGUUGCUGCUGCCGCCGCUGCUAAUAACUCGGGCGAGAUUCGCUCUAAACGGCCACGGCAAACGGGCAAGUGAGCUUUGUGUGUGAGAUUUGGAACGACCGCAUCUCCCGCCGGCACCUGCCCUGCACGUGUGAGCUUGGUAUCGGCGUACAACCCGGAACCUGCCCGCAGUUUUUUUUUGUUUUGUGCCGGAGUCGGAGCGCUCCCGGAGCGAAAUCAUGAAGAAAACUAUUAUCAAGAUGCCUUCGGAGGAAGGGAAUGUUUCCUCCCAGUCGUCCAGCGGCGACACGAAGCGCAAGGUCAGCAUCAUCACCGAACCGGUCGUCGAGCGAUUAGGUCACGAUAAUUUGGGCUUUGAGCAGAACAAACGCAAAAUAUCGCAGCAAUCGCAUCAUUCCGAGGAAGGACCGGCGCGAAGGAAAAGUAACCUGCACAAUAACAACUUUGACACCUCGUCCAUUCACAGCGAUCGCUACAAUGGCGAGGCUGGUGGCCGUGCCAAAAAGCAAUCAUUCUCGGAGGCGCUGGAAAAGAUCGAACGAGACUAUGAUAACUCCCGGCUGGAGCAGUCGUGGAUCUAUUCGCUGUGCAUGAGAUGUCGGGUGGAGUACACAACGCCCUCGUGGGAACCGCCCGGCUGGCAGAAAGUGUGUCCCUAUCCGUUGUGUCCGUCCUACCGCCAGUUUGCCCGUAUCCUGUCCAUCAUUCUUAUAGGUGUACUACUAUGGAUAACGGCGUUUGUCAUCAUCGGUGACACUGCCGCACCCGGUGGACAGUUGUUUCAGCUGGUCGUGCUAACAGUGGCUGCCAACUUUGGCGGGUUUCUCAUCUCCCUAACGACGCUGCCUCGGCUGAUCGGGAUGCUGAUGGUGGGCAUACUGUUCCAGAACGUCGGCUGGGUGAAUCUGGACGGCGAGUUCCAGAUCGUGACGGCCGAGCUGCGUAAGCUGGCCCUGGUAAUCAUUCUGAUCCGAGCCGGGCUAGAGAUGGACCCGACCGCGUUCAAGAAGAUCUACAAAACCAUCCUGAAGCUCGGUCUCAUCCCGUGGUUCGUCGAGUGCUCGCUGAUUGCCGUGUGCGCCCGGUUCUUCCUGCAGCUGCCGUGGAUGUGGAGCAUCCUGCUCGGCUCGAUCGUGGGCGCCGUGUCGCCGGCCGUCGUCGUGCCCUGCCUGUUCCGGUUGCGCACCAAGGGGUACGGUGUGGUGAAGGGCAUUCCGACACUGAUCAUUGCGGUGGCCGGCAUCGACGACGCAGUGUCGGUGGCCGGGUUCGGCAUCAUCUCGAGCAUCAUGUUCAGCACGCAAAGCCUCGGGCUGCAGAUUGCCCAGGCGCCGGUGUGCAUUAUCGGCGGGCUGGGUUUCGGUGUGGUGUGGGGCUUCCUGUGCAAGUAUGUGCCCGAGCCGGGCGAUGCGUACGUGGUGCCGAUUCGCACACUGAUGCUGUUCGGGGGCGGACUGCUGGCCGUGUUUGGCAGUGAGGAGAUCCACUUCGAGGGCGCCGGUCCGCUGGGCGUGGUGUUUGCGGCGUUCACUGCGUCGUACUUUUGGUGCGGGCAGGGCUGGGAGCUGGAGGACAAUCCGGUUUCGACGGCGUUCGAAAUCUUCUGGAUGAUCUUCGAACCGAUCCUGUUCGGCAUCACGGGCGCGUCUAUUAAGAUUGCUGAGCUGGAUCCUCACAUCGUAUCGAUCGGUGUCGGUAGCAUUUACGCGGUUGCUGUGAUCCGUAUCUUGACAACGGUGGCAAUUGCUUUUGGCGACAAGCUAAACGUCAAGGAGAAGAUCUUUGUUGCCAUUUCCUGGAUGUCCAAAGCGACGGUACAGGCCGCCCUCGGUCCCGUCGCCCUGAAGACGGUCAUGUCGAACGAAAACCGCACGGAGGAGGAAGUCCACUACGCCGAGCUAGUGAAGAUGGUGUGCAUCCUGAGCAUCAUCCUGACGGCCCCGCUCGGGGCCAUUCUCAUAUCCGUCACCGGCACCAAGCUGCUCAAGAAAACGAAGCAGCAGCUUGAGCCGUUGGAUGGUACGUUGGGCUGGCGGCGAAGUCAUCGGCCCUCGCUGCACGACAUCAGUAUCAUCGACGAGGAGGAGGAGCGGGAAGAUAUCGAGGGCAUUGCGGACGAGGAUACGGCUGCCAACACGCUGUCCAACGCGCAGACGGCGACAGCGUUCACCAUCACGAAGUAGAGCCGCACUAGAGGCGAGAAGUUAUUCUUUUUUGGAGAAAGACUAAAAGCGAAAAAGGAUAUCUUAAGACAAUUGUUCCGGAAAACGAGAGAGAUAGAGAGAGGGAGAUGAAGAGAGAGAAUCCCAAGAAAGCGUAAGAACAGCAAGCAAAGGAGCGUUAGUGAUGUGCUCCGUUAGGGUGAGGGCCACCGCGUAAGGGCACUGAUCGUAGUGCCGGCGUGUUUCGGUGCAUUCGGUUUAGUUAGCGUACAGUGUUGUUAUAGCCUAAUCAAUAGCUGUAGUGUUUCUUUUCGAUAUACAAAAAACAAAACCAGUCACAAUGGCCAGCUAAUAUUCCAUUCUAAUCCCAGCUCAAAGCGAUAUAUCUUCCAACAAAGAUGAUGAUCGUGAUCAUUUUUUGUAGAUAAAACAGAGACCGUAUUUUCCAGAGCAAUGUAUACAUUCCAAAAACAUUUUAUCCACUCCAGACAGGCAUAGUUAAGGGAAGAUUGUAUGUGACUACGAGGAUGCCAGAGAUCCUGCCCGCUUAUCGACCGCUGGGUUUUGCUACGCAAGAACGAACGAAAGGGACCAUCGGGCAUGUAUUAUGUAUUAGCGCGUCUUUUUUUUUUUUUGUUUUGACGGGGAUAACGAUCCCUCUCUUACAUUAUUACUUUGUUUUAACGUUUUAAAUGAAAUAGUACUCGCAAGCGCUGUUAGUUAGUUAGUGUAGCACUGUUAUAGCUCAUUACUGUUGUUGCAUGGAACAAGCAUGUACUGUAAGAUAUAAGAAUAGUACUUACUA